AUGGCGUUGGUUACAUAUUCAGACUCUGAAGGCGACUCCGAUACCGAGACGAAGCCCACUGAGCAACCUAAAGCGCCCCGCCAGGCUCCAACCUCAAGUUCCAAACCCGCGUUCAAGCCGCUGGUUGACCGUGGCAACCCCAGAAAAAUCCUCGUGAACCUCUCGGAAGCUAAACCCAGCGAGGGAGCGGAUUCAGGACAGGAUAAAGAAGAUGGCCCUGCGAGGAAACGGCUUCGUACUGAAGGCGGAGGACUAUUCUCCGGAUUCAACGACAUGCUCCCUGCACCAAAAAGAUCCGCACAGAAACCAGUCGAUAAGUCACAGGCCGGGGUCAAGAAAUCAAAGCCUUUUACUUUGAAGACAAGUGCAGAGCCUGGUUUUGACCGCAGUGAGAGAUCAGAUAACUUCAAUAUGUCUUGUGAUGAGUUCGGCAAACCAUCCAGCGGCCAGGAUACUGCUGCACAAACUCCAUCAGAAGAGGCUUCUCGAACGCCCGUGCCAGAGCCUGUUUUUGAGAAAAAAGGGAAUGCGAUGAUGUUUAAACCGCUAUCCGUGGCUAGAAAUAAACCAAAAAGGAAGAUGACGGCAGCCGCGCAGCCUGUUUCGACUUCGAAAGCACAGGCUGAAAACCCUCAGCCUCCCGUACAACCAGAAGCAAGACCAGAAACGAAACCAAAAGUGAGCCUCUUUGGGCUUUCCAGUGGUGCCGAAAGCAUCCCAUCAACCGACAUCACCGCUCAAGAUGAACCAUACGAAGCUAUACUUUAUUCAACGUCGUCAGAGCCAUCAGGGGCACUCGAAACUAAAGUGCCAGAUGACUCGAUAGUCACAACCACCGCAGCUUACAACAAUUCACCUGCACCUGCGGCCUCCAGUGGGCCACAAGAUCUGGCCAGUGUUGCUAGUGAUCUCAAUCUUUCGAAAUCGCAGAUGCGACAGCUGUUAGGACGCGAUCUAAAAGGUGCAUCUAGUAAAGUCAUUAACUUCAACACGGAUGAAGAGUACAAGUCCAACUCUGCCUACCUGGCAAACACAUCCGAAGCCGAGCUCGCUGCUCAGCAACAUAGACCUGUUAGGACUGUUGCACCUGGAAAGCACAGCCUGCACCAGCUCGUCAAUGCAGUGGCCAGCCAGGGUGACGCACUGGAGGAGAGCUUUGCUACCGGGAAGCGGAACAAGAAAGAGGCGAGCGCAAAACCAUGCUGCGUCGCUGAUCCCCGCUCGCAGAGCAGAUGCAAGAUGCCGCGGGAUCGAGCUGCGUAUCGAAAUGUCCGCCUUUAUGACGCCUCCACUGGCACCCUCAUCGGAGGUUUUUAUCAGAACGGCGCAAUUACUGAGGAAAACCUCAUCUGGAUUCUGAGCAACGUGCUUUUAGCCACUCAGGAUGCAAAUACGUGGACUAUUCAGCAAAGAACCUCUGGAGAAACCGUUACACCUUCCAGCGAGCCGGUGAGGCCUGGAGACUAUGACAUCCAUUCAACAGGUACAGGCUUCUGGCUUCUGAAACCCCCCGUUAAUAUCAAUACUGAACUUAAUAUAUAUAUAGGACCGAUCCAGGUAACCGAUGAACCGUGGUUUGCCAGGAUCGCUAGCCACUCCAUCUCCGGCGGGGAGGACCAGUUCCGCGAUGGAGUCCGUGCUCGAGACGGCCGGUGCGUGAUAUCUGGGCGGAUCAACCGCGGGGCGGAGUGGGACGACUGGGCAGGACUAGAGUCUGCCCAUGUGUUCCCCCUGGAGAAGGAGAGCCUCUGGGUGCAGCUAGGCUACGGGCGUUGGAUCACCAACAUGGACGAUACUUCGGCAGAGCAUAAAAUCAACUCUGUUCAGAAUGGACUUCUCAUGUCGGCGCAUUUUCACAGACGCUUUGAUCAGUAUUUGUUCUCAAUAAACCCAGAUGCUGUCCUUGCCAAUAUGCGCGGGGCGGGAGAGCCUAUUUUCGAAUCCGACUUCCCUCCUGGAUCCGAUAUGAUGGCAACAUUGCGCGAAGAGCUGUAUGGCAAGGAGAGAUUCGAGAUGGAGCUUGAGUCAAGACUACGACCUGGAACCAUGAACAGCUAG